AUGAAGUGGAAGACGUGGUCGUCAUGCCGACUCCGGAGGAUCGACAAAGCUGCGAGGGUAGCUUGGAUGGAAGCACACCUGCAGGUGCGCGCGCUGCUGAGGACGUCUGCCAAGUGCCGAAGGGUUCUCUGCCGGACGAGAACCCGGAGGAUCCGCAAAGCUGCGAGGGCAGUUUGGAUGGAAGCACGCCUGCAGGUGCCCGCAACCCGGCCGAGGAGGAUCUUCGGGGUCGACCUAAAGCUCAGGAACCUGAGGAUUUGGUCGUUCAGCGACGUCCUCCUGCUAGAGACCAGCAGGAGCAGGAGGAUUAUGUUGUUCAACGGCGUCCCCCUGCCAGAGACCAGCAGGAGCCGCUUGAGGAUUUUGUCGUUCAACGACGUCCUGCCAGAGACCCGCAGGAGCAGCUUGAGAAUCAUGGCGACCGUCGCCGACCUUCCAGAGACCAGGAGAUUGAGGAUCGACUUGUUCAUCGAGGUCGACCCGCAGCUCAGCGCGAGGAUGACGGCAGCAAGUCCCCAAUCCCUGCGAAUGAGGACCGCCGAGACUCAGUUCAGGCGGCCAGGAGAGGAGGCAAUCAGUCCGGAGGUGUCCCCGGGCCCGAGGCAGCGACAGAAGGCAACCUUCGCUAAGCGCGAAGCAAGGAGGCCUUUGAGACCUCGCAAGCCAGAGGCCAACGAAGCCGGGAGCGCAAGCCCUGCCGCGGCAUCUUGGACGUGGGAAGAGCCCAGCAGAUCCUUGCCCGACGCCUUUCCGUCGCCGGCAUCGCAGAGGUUCGAGCGCCGAGAUGAGGAGCUGGAGGCGGUGAUGGGGCAGGUGCAGCAAAUGGCCGGGCGGCUGCAAGCCUUGGAGGAAGAGAAGACCCGCUCGGAGCGGCGGAUGACGGAAAGGCUCCAGCAGCUUGCCAAGACCUGUGAUGGUCAGGGCCAGCUGCUUUCGGCCCAGCAAGAGCGCUUGGACGCGCAGGAGCAGCAGAUCAAGGAUCUGGAAGAGCGACUUGCGCAGAAUGAGGAUGACCUUACGCAGAUGGACCAGCAGCUUCAAGAGCAGCAGCUGCAGCUCCAACAGCAGGACCAGCGCUUGGAGCAGGAUGACCAACAGCUUAACGAGCAUCAGCAGCAGCUGGAGCAGCAGGAGCAAGAGUUGGAAAAGCAAAUGGCUCUCUUGACUGAUGCGAUGGUCCAUUCCAACUCAGCGGUCUCCACCGGGUCACGACCGAAGGCGUGGGCGGAUCGUGAGGAUGAGGAUAGAGCCUCGAAUACCACUGGCACCGGCACUAUGAAGAGGUGGUCUUCAGAGACCUGGAAGCCGGAGGCGCGAGUUUCCACCCCCUCGCCAGCAACGGAUGGGGCCGUCGGCUCGGGCGGCGCCUUAGCCGGCAGCAGCAGCGAGCGCCCGCUGGCUUUGGGCCGCGGCAAGGUGGACGCACCUGCAAAGCCACCGAAGGUGGGGCUGUGGGACUCGGUGCUGGAGCUGUGCACAGAGCGCCGCUUCCUGGAGGCCUACAAGCAGGUCAUCGCCGAGCCGGAGGAGACUUGCUUGCUCCGCCUCAUGAAGCACACAGGUCCCAUUGUGGACCGGCUCGAUGCUGAGAGCAACUCUCGCUUGAUUCGGAGAUUGAUCCACAUCCUCUCGUCUCCGGCCAAGGAGCCCGCGGCGGGCAGCAUUGAGCAGAUCUUCUCUUGGCUGUGGCAGGCCCUCAACCAGGGCAUUCACUUCACCGCUUCGCAAGUGGAAGAUCUCGUCGCCGCCUUGCAGAAAGUCUCCUCUGCCCAGUCUCCUCUGAGCAGCUCGGAGAAGGCGGAGGCGGCGCAGCUCCUGCAGCAGGUCUCGACGCACCGACGGUGA